AAUAAAGACCCAGCUAGUCCCUGCGCGAUAACAGGCUGGCCAUCGGGGAUUACACAACACGGAAAUAAAGAGCCAGCUGUUCCUCGCGCGAUAAGAGGCAGUCAGGAGAGAAAUUGGAGGCGACUUUGCUUCACUUGAUUAAGGCGUUAUUGCAUAACACCAAUGAGUACUUCAGCCAAAAUGAUGAGGGCAUUUUUGGUACGUCAAUUUGGGGGCGUUGACCAAAUGAAAUUGGAGAGAGUCCCAGUUCCAACUGUAGGGGAUAAACAGGUCUUGAUCAAAGUAUAUUCCAGUGGGGUGAAUCCUGUUGACACGUAUGUGCGCUCUGGGCAGUAUAAAGUGCUCCCAGACCUGCCAUACAUCCCAGGAAAAGAUGCUGCAGGUGUUGUUCACAGUGUUGGAGCUUCGGUUACUAAGUUUAAAAGAGGAGACCGUGUUUUCUCGAGUCAGACAAACCGGAUGGGGACACUAGCAGAGUAUGCGUGUGUUGACGAACCAAAUGUUUUUCCUCUUGCAAGGUCUCUGUCUUUUUACGAGGGUGCUGCCAUAGGUAUCCCAUAUUUUACUGCUUACAGAGCACUUAUCCAUAACCUUGGCAAAAGAGGGGAAAGGGUACUCAUUCAUGGAGCAAGUGGUGCUGUUGGAAUUGCAGCCACACAGAUAGCCAAGAAACUUGGUUUGUAUGUAGUUGGAACAGCUGGUUCAAAAGAAGGAAUAGAGUUAGUACUAAGAACAGGUGCUGAUGAAGUUGUUAACCAUCGAGAUCCCAAGUAUAUUGACAAGCUCUCAGUAGGGGAGAAGUUUGACAUCAUACUGGAGAUGUUGUCAAAUGUUAACCUUGGCCAUGACUUAAAUCUGAUGAAGAGUGGUGCUAGGACUAUUGUGAUUGGCUGUCGUGGUCCUGUCAACAUACAUCCGCGUGAUUUGAUGACUACAGAAGGCUCUAUAAUUGGCUGUGCUCUCUAUGCUGCAUCACAUGAUGAGAUUCAAGAGACGGGAUCAGCACUGGUUAGAGGAAUCAGGAAGGCUGGUGAGACUGCCAUUGACAUGGUUUACGGCUUUGAGUUGGCCCAGGAAGCACACAGCGCAGUUGUACAGACAAGGGGUUCUAAAGGAAAACAUGUUAUUGAAGUACAAAAAGAGCCAUAAACAUUAUCAGUAAUGAUCUGAAACCUGAUAUUGGUUUUUCCUCAGGUAUGACAAUAUACUCUGAAUGAGCUGCAUUCCAAGAAAAUAUAUAUAUAUUUCUCACUUAUUUGGUACUGAUAUUCAAAUGGACUUGUUUUUUCUUCUUUCUUUCGUUGUUUUUGUUGCCUGCUGUUAUUUUUAGUAUUAGUAUUAGUAUUAUUGUUAUUAGUCGUAUUACGAUUCUGUAAACUCAAAAGGUGCUAAAGGAAAAUCUAUUCUGAAAAUGCAGAAAAGGUUUUCAGUAAUGACUCAGAGACUGCCUUCUAUUUUUCAAUAUUUAUGACAAUAUAGAUAAAAUGUGUUGCAUUCCAAAUAAAGGCUCAAUAAUUACUGUCAAAAAGGAUUCUUUGUAUUAAUAUUCAAAUGGCCAGUUUUUUAUAUAGAUUAUUUAGAGGAGGUAAAAGAAAUUUGUUUUCAGUGAUAUUUAUUAUAUUAUUAUUGUGAUUGUUUGUGGCUAGUAGUAUUUAUGCCAUUAUCACCAUUUUUGUUAUUAUUACUGCUCAUUUACUGUGUGAAACAAUAAAGAAUGACAUUGUCCAAGCCUGUUUUUAGAG